GUUGACAAUUUACUUUAAUUUUCAGUCCCUUGUUUUUUCGGUUAGAGAGGUUAUGUUUGACUUUGGUUUUGAUAGAUAUCAAUUUACAGUGUCUUGUGUAAAUUUGGUCUUGGAUACUUAUAGUUUUAGGGGUUAGAGAUGCACAACGCGGUUUACUUAAGCCACACAACUAAAUGGCUCUCAUCAACAGUACAAACCGGAUUCGCCACGAGUGAAAGCCCUUCCUCCCGUCAGGAUGACCGCUUUCAGCGUGGGUGAUAAUGCGAGCUCUCCCACCAGUGAUUACUUCUCUAUAGCAUCAUCCGCUUCGAAUCCUCCUACCAGAGAGAACACUCUUUUAGUCGAAGGACAGAUAAUCAGAAAGUUACGAAGAAAUUCCGGUGUUGAUCCUAGUCGAUUAGAACCCUACCGUAGAGCGAAAUCUUUGCUGUCUCUGGUUAGUUCAGACGCAUUAGAGGCAAUUGAAAUGAUCCAAGAAGACUGGGAUACGUCGACUGGGGAAGGCCAGUUACCCAAAAACUUAGACGCAAAAGUUGAAAAGGAGAUGAUCUUGCGAUCCAGACUGCAGUCCGCCUCAAAGCAUCGCCUUCCCCAUCAGUUAAUACAAAAACUCAAGAGGCCUGCUCAGGCUGAACUAGUCCCUUACGGUGUGCCAAACUAUACGGCAAGGUGGAAGGAUCGCGUCGUGACUCCUACUCAGGAAACUAUCGACGAAUUCAUUGGCAAAAGAACUCCUUCAUUUGUGCAGACACAUCCUAGAAAUUACGAACCAACGAGAUGCGGAGGUGCAAGGAAUCGAAAUGCGACAUUUUCCCAGGCGUUUUGCGAUGUCCUUGGACCAAGUUCUUGCUCUUAUUGCAUCGAAAAAACGAAUCGAGCUCUUGCGAGGAAAGUGCAGAAUUAUGCUUUUCCGCCCGUGGAUGCGACACCGAGGAGUUUAGUAGCACCAAAUUUGGGCCACAUUCUCGCUGAAAGUUAUAAAACGCACUGUAUAUAUUGUAAACCUGUGACACGCGACCAUUUACCCACUUAUAGAAACUCGUACCGUUACGCACCGAAACAGCGGGUGGAGAGACCGUAUCGGAGAAGUGACUUGACAUCGGCUGCGUCGUCAGGAAUGUCCUACCUUCCCAAGUAUCGGCCAGAAAGAUUUGUUAUUGAGAAAAGAAAAAGUAAAGUUCAUUUUCAGGUGAAGGAGAUUAAGCCGAAAUCAAACUAUGCUUUGCCUUAUAUUUGAAACGUUGACGCUGACUGAGGAAAAGUGAAAGAAUUCUGAUGGACUGAGAGAAAGCAAUUGCUCACCCGCCCGCAGCCUGCCAAACUGAACAUAAAGGAUUAAUAAUUAUACUCUUACUAUAAUUUAACUCAAACAUUCCCCCUUGCAAUAGAAAAGUCAUCAUACUGUAUAGACGUACAGCCUGCUGAUGAAUGUCUGUUCGACCGUUCUAAUUUAAAGUCAGUGAGACACAAAAUAACGCCAUCAAUUUCAAAGUGGCUACUUUG